AUGAGCUUUUGGGGUAUUGAAGUGAAACCAGGCAAGCCUCACCCUUAUCACUCUGAUGAUGUCCAAGGAAAGCUUCGGGUAACUCAGGAUAUUGCUGAUACGGAAUCGGACGAAUCUAGUGAAUAUGAUUAUGAUGAUGAAUUUGACGACGAUGACUUCAUUAUUGAUGACAAUGAUCUUCAUAUGCAUUCCCCUUCGCCUGUCCCCAAUAGUGGAGUUGUAAUUGAGGAGAUAACUGAAGAUGACAAACCUACGAAAGAAAAUGCCAAGUCUAAACGACUAAAGAAGAAGAAUAACCAAUCAAGUGACCGGGAAGACCAAAACAACUCUCAACGACAAAUUGUUCUUAAGAGGGAUACAUGUAUUUCAGUUCUGGAAAGUGAAGAUGAAGACGGUUUUCCAAUUUCUUCCUCGGCAAAAAGCAAAGUGACAGUUCAGGAGCCUCAAGCAGAAUUAAAUGGACAAAAAGAUGAGGAAACAACCCGAGAAACAAAUAAGAAGAUAGCAAGAGAGGAUAAUGAUGAUGCUACUGGAAAAAAGAGAAAAGUUAAAAGCGUUGAUCAAGAUGGUCAACCAGAAAGCAAAACGAAGAAGAAGAAGAAGCAGAGAGAACGAGGUACAGAGGAAAAGACUAAUGAAAUGGAUGACAAGGAAGAAAUCAACAUUGCCUCUAGAGAUGAAAUCAAGCCUGAGGAAGUGAAAGAGCAGGAUGCUACCAAUGGAAACAAACACGAUCAGAGGGGACUUGACACUGAUGCAGAUAGUAUGCCUGGUGAAGACUCAUCUGAUAAGAAAAAGAAAAAGAAGAAGAAGAAGAAGAAUAAGACCCAGGAUAGUGGAGCAACAACUAAGGAUCAAGCUAUUUCAGCUGUGGGAGGCGAAGCCAAGUCUUCGUUGGAGUCCGAGGAUAACCAAUCUACAGGCAAGUCUUCACAAGUUAGAACCUUCCCAAAUGGAUUGGUUAUUGAAGAAUUGGCAAUGGGCAAACCAGAUGGUAAACGAGCUUCCCCAGGAAGUCAGGUCAGCAUGCACUACAUUGGUAAGCUGAAGAAGAAUGGCAAAAUAUUUGACUCUAAUGUCGGAAGAGCUCCCUUUAAAUUCCGCCUAGGUGUGGGACAGGUCAUAAAGGGGUGGGAUGUUGGAGUUAAUGGCAUGCGAGUUGGGGACAAAAGGAGACUCACAAUUCCACCAUCAAUGGGUUAUGGAGAUCGCGGUGCUGGCGGGAAGAUACCACCAAACUCAUGGCUUGUGUUUGAUGUUGAGUUGGCGAAUGUUCGUUGA